AUGGGGAGCUGGGGCGCGCUGUUGUCGCCGCUGGCGGAGCGUGGCGGCGGCGGGGCGCAGGCUAGACAAACUCAUAGAACAUCUUUCGUCGUCUCUACUCUCGCUCCUACUUAUCCGUCUCGCUUAUCCGUCUCGCUGCUGGCUGUGAUCAGACAGCUUAUCGCGGUCGAUCUGUCACUGGAGGCCGCUUGUGUUACCUGUGCCGGCCAGGACACUUUCCCUUCUGCUCAGUGCUUUUCUCUCACAGUAACCGAUGCCCCUUGCAAGGACGGUGUUCGUAAUUGGACUGAGUGA